CGCUGCCGCGCGAUGCUGAAGCCAAUAGUGGGACAACGUGCCUGCAUCUUCUGGUUGCACGACACCUUGGUGGCUGGCCGCCGCCCCCACUGUCGCUCGAUCGAGUGAGAUGUGCGCCGAGUAUCACGUUGAGCAGUGCGCAAGAAUGAGAUGUCUGCGCCACGGUGCUCGCGAUGCGCAAAGGUGUGCGUCACGUGCGGGGCCAUCACUCUUGCUCUUCGCUUCUGUACUUGCAUGUCCGAUACCAGCGAUAUGGCUCGGCGCCGAUGAGCAGCGCGGCGCAUGGCGGCGUCCUUCGUGUCCAAGUCGCGUCGCGUGCGUUUCGAGCUCACCCUACGCAUCGUCGACCUCAACAACGUGCCCCUGGUGACGGGCUCGUCUUUCAUCAAAUGGCACCUGCCCGCUUCCAACGCCGCCGAACACCGCGGCCGCACCAGCAAAUGCGCCAUCCGUGAGCACCGCGUGCAGUACAACUACGAAAAGCAGACCGCCGUGCGGUUGACGGUAGGCAAAGAUGGUAUGCUGCAGGAGUGUCCCAUCCACUUCGAGGUGCAGCAAGAAUACUCCUCGGGCGGCCGCGGCGAGCGCAUCAAGCUGGGAGACGUCCACCUGAACCUCGCCGAGUACGUCGACAACGCCCUCGAUCUGCCCGCGAGCCCCACGCGUGUCAGCGAUGCCACUGCCGAGCAGGACCAUGGCAUCACGCGCCGCUACCUGAUGCAAGACUCCAAGAUCAAUAGCACAUUGAAGAUUGGCAUCUACAUGCGCCAUGUCGAGGGCACGCGCGACUACCAUGCUCCCCCUUUGCGGACAGCGCCCGUCUUUGGAGGCAUCGCCGGCAUCAUAUCCUCCUCCGAACCUUCGAGCACACCUCACAUCAUGAGUUCCCAAGCGAGCACGGAAAACCCAGAUAGCACGCAGGAAUCCAUUCCUCCCAGCUUCAACAUCAACAACAAGGAAAUGGGCGAAAUGCAGGACAUGUACCGCCGCACGUUGGCUGCGUUUUGGACCUCUCAACCAGGCGAGCUGAGGGCUGACGAGUGCAUUGAGGACAUCUUCGCUGGUGGUGAUGGUUGGGGAAAGGGCGGUCGUCCCAGCACGAGUAACGACCAGAGUCAGUCUGGUAGCGGAUCCAGCACUCCGAACGCUCUCCACCAUCAUUAUCCACCUCACCAUGACCCACUAUCACGAGACGCUGCCCCGAACAAGCAUGGAGGUGAGAAUGUGAGAGUUAUGGCACACAGUCACGGGCAUAGUCACAAGCGGAACUUUGGAGGAAGUCGACGCAUAGAAAAGGGCUUUAGGAAAGUGCCGGGAGAGUUGGACGAGAUGGACGUGCGAUCAGACCUGGUAAUGUGGACUGUUGGUCCAAAGUCCUAUACCUGAUGAGGGGUCACGUACGCCACUGUACGUUUCUGGUACGACUCAGUGUUUCUUAGCAACAGGAAAGGACCCUAUUCUGAAGCUGGCACAGUACCCAGCGAGGUCUGUCUGCAAGCAGUUCCUUGCACCUAUCCCGCUUGCUUAGCCAAUCCUCUCUUGCCGUACUUCCGUUCAGCUUGAGAUCACGAUUGUCUAUCCAACUCAGGAUAGUAGCGGAACACUCCCUGCGAGUAGCUCAGACGC